AUGAGUUGUUUCUCUUGUCUCGACACACGAACCCGUGACAUGAGAAUCAACAUUGAUACCGUUCCGUACCUAACCGAUGAUUCCUCAGUUGACAAAAGAAACGAUUCAAAAGGAGCAAGGUCCAAAUCUGGCAUUUUAGUUAAUGGGAAAGUGAAUAGCCCUAGACCCGGCGGUGGCGCACGGAGUUUCACGUUCAAGGAGUUAGCCGCAGCAACCAAGAACUUCCGGGAGGAGAACAUGAUUGGAAAAGGAGGGUUCGGUAGUGUCUUCAAAGGACGUUUAUAUUCAGGACAGGUUGUGGCGAUCAAGCAAUUAAACCCAGAUGGGCAUCAAGGAAAUCAAGAGUUCAUAGUCGAGGUUCUCAUGCUUAGUGUCUUCAGUCAUCCAAACCUAGUAACUUUAAUUGGUUACUGUACUUCUGGUGCCCAGAGACUUCUUGUGUAUGAAUACAUGCCUAUGGGUAGCUUAGAAGAUCAUCUUUUUGAUCUUGAGCCUGAUCAGACUCCUCUAAGCUGGAACACUCGAAUGAAAAUCGCUGUUGGUGCAGCUCGUGGCAUCGAGUAUCUUCAUUGUAAAAUAAGCCCAUCCGUGAUAUACCGUGACUUGAAAUCUUCAAACAUUCUGUUAGAUAAAGACUUCAACCCUAAACUCUCUGACUUUGGACUUGCUAAAGUCGGUCCUGUCGGUAACCGGACACACGUGUCGACUCGGGUCAUGGGUACUUACGGAUACUGUGCUCCAGAGUACGCAAUGAGCGGGAAGUUAACCAUUAAAUCAGAUAUCUAUUGCUUCGGUGUUGUGUUGCUUGAGCUGGUUACCGGUAGAGAGGCUAUUGAUUUGAGUAAACCAAAUGGUGAACAAUAUCUUGUUUCUUGGGCUCGACAGUAUCUCAACGAUCCUAAGAAAUUUGGACAUCUAGUGGACCCGUUGUUGCGUGGAAAGUACCCAAAGAAGUGUCUUAACUACGUGAUAGCCAUUACAGAAAUGUGUCUGAAGGAAGAAGCUAAUCAACGACCGACAAUAGGAGAUGUUGUGGUGGCAUUUGAGUAUAUAGCUGCUCAGAGCAAAUCUCAUGAAGCUAGAAGCGUGGCUUGCAAGUCUACGGGUUCUUACCGGUCAAGAGGGGAACCAAAACAGGGUUUAUAA